AUUUUUUUCAUUAUUUUUGCAUUCAUUCUGUAACUGUAAUGUUUAAAUAUUUGGGUCCAUGCCCUGAAGUGUUAAGUGUUGUCCAAGGAGCGACACUUGAUCCACUUUUCGGGUGAUUUGAGCAAGCCUGACCACGAUUACGUUUCAAAAAGCGCUUUGGCCAUUGGGGUGAAGAGAAGGAGGAUGCAAAUGAGGAAGCAGCGCCAGUGCAAGCAGCGAGGGGACAAACGCCGACCAGCCUGAAUUUUGUUACUUCCUGUUUAGGUGUCUCUUGAAUAUUUUGACGUCCUGCUUCAGAGUCGUGUGAGGCUGCGGCGGCGGCAAUGUCUGAACGAGAACCACAAGAUGGGAACAAAGCCAAGUGGCCGCUCUACUGCUCGCUCUGCAAAAUGGCCGUCAACUCGGCCUCGCAGCUGCAAGCUCACAACAGCGGCGCCAAGCACAAGACCAUGCUGGAGGCCAAGAGCGGCAACGGCGCCAUCGAGUCCUUCCCCAGAGUCGGCGGCAGCAAGGGCAAGAAGCCCCCGUCCGAGUCGGCCGGCGGCCUCCGGGACAAAACCUUUCGGUGUCACAUCUGCGACGUGCACGUCAAUUCGGACACGCAACUUAAACAGCACAUCAGCAGCCGGAGGCACAAGGACCGAGCGGCGGGGAAAGUGACCAAGCCCAAGUUCAAGCCGUAUGUGGCGGGACAACGGCUGCACACCUCACAACCGAAGAACCACGAUCAGCUCAAACCACCGUUGACGCUGGCCUCGUCUCUCCUGCAUGGCCAGCUGGCGGCCACCAUGUCGUCGCUGCCGCCCUUCUCCCUCCAUCUUGCCACCAACGCCAGCCUGACCCUCUUCCGUGUUCCUCCCCCCACUCGGGCGGUCAUGCAUCAACCGCUUGUGCUUCCUCACUACUGAAUAAAUUUUUUUCCCUUCUCUCA